CCGCCCCUCAACUUACUCUCAUCGGACAUCUUCUUCCAGCUGAUGUUCCAGCUCAAAUAACCUGUCAGUCAUGUCAGCUGCCACACCAGCCCCAUCUUCUGCUACUAAAACGUCAAGACGAAGAUCCAAGGCCAAGAAGUCAGGACCCAGUGUGUCUGAUUUGAUCCUCAAGGUCUUGUCAUCUUCAGAGGAGCGUGGUGGCGUCUCUCUGGUCGCUCUGAAGAAAGCGCUGUCUGCCAGUGGUUAUGAUGUGGUAAGAAACAACUCGCGCAUCAAGCUGGCAGUUAAGCGGCUGGUGGCCAGCGGUCGCCUGAUUCAGACCAAAGGCACUGGAGCAUCUGGAUCAUUUAAGAUCGGCUCGAAAGCUGCUACAAAGCCUAAGAAGGCAAAGAGAAAGACGGCCAAGAAACCUGCCGGGGCAAAGAAAUCCCCUAAGAAGAAAAGGAGAAAUUUAAGAAGUUCUGGAAAGGCCAGCGAGACAGCUGCGGUCAAGAAGACCACAAGACCCAAGAGGGCCAAACGAAGAGCUUCCAAAUCAAGCAAAGCAAAAACUGCCAAGAAAUAACUUGUUUGUUCAUACUUUUUAAAGGAUAUUGCUUCCUUUGUAAAAAAAAAUAAAUAAAAUAAAACAAUUCUUAAUUAAUGAAAAUC